GGGGCGGUUUCUGGCGGAAAAGGCGCGGCCGAGUUGGGUCCAGAUCGUCGUCGUCGUCGUUCGCGGCUGUUGCGUGAAGAAGGAACGAGAGCCGUGAGGAGAUUUCACGAGAGAACAGAGGAGGAGGAAGAAGACGAAGAGAUGUCGAACAACGCGGGCAGCAUCUCGGCCAUGAGGCGACUCGUGGAGCAGCUUCGCGUCGAGGCGAGCAUCGAGCGAGUGAAGGUGUCGCAGGCGGCCGCGGAGCUGCAGCAGUUCUGCCUCCAGAACGUGCACAAGGACGCGCUGCUCACGGGGGUCCCCGCGGCAACCAACCCGUUCCGCGAGCCGCGUUCCUGCACCGUGCUCUAGUGCGCCCCACGCUGCAACGCGCGCAAACACUGAUGUUGCCAUCUUCCGCGACUUCUAGACGGACAUCCACAAACAAGUUUACAAGAUUCCGGAUUCCAGCCUUCCCAGGGUGGGGACCACCCCGGGAUUUUGAACGUGCCAGAGCUUCGCGAAAUCAUGCUUCCCUUUUCUAUAAAACGCACGCGGACGCACGGACAUGCACACGCACGGUAGCGCUGGCAGCGAUGAACGUACGGAACCGGCUGCCCCCACCCACAGCCCCCCCCCCCCCCCCCCCCCCCCCACCUCCUCCUCUCAUCCUUUUGCUCACGGUGCCAUUCUCACACGACCAGCACGGCCGGUGUGUUCCCGUCGAUUUUUUUACGAAUGAAAUCUAAAAACAACGCAUUUCUUAGCCAGUGUCAUUUUAAACGGAUUGUUUUCUAAGUUGACUGAAGACACCCCUGCUAGAAGAACCAAAAUAAAAUCGCAAGGGUGGGGGGUUGGGAGACGAUCCCCUUUUUGUUGCAGAGGUUUGGUUUUGUUAAAAUAAAGGUUUGUGCGUUUUGAGAGUUUCACAUCACUGGUACUGCCAUCAUGCGAUUUUCUUGUACUCGUGGGCGACAAUUCCGCGAUUUUAGUUUUUUUACGUCGGGGUAGGGGAGGGGAGGGAAGCGGGGAUUGCUUCGAAUGCAGGAUUUAGAUGUUUCAUGCAGUGCCUGUUAAAGUGUGGUUGCUUGCGCCCGUGUGCAUUGGUGCGAGGCCGUGGGGUGUGCGUGUUUGUGGCGAGCAGCAAGUCCUGUCGUUAGCGCACUGCGCUACGAAGCCGGCCACCCCGAGGUUCGAUUCCCACUCACCACCGUCGAUGUUGGCGAAUGUUAUGAAUCAGUCCUGGGCCCUCCCCUAGGACGACUCGGCCUUAAAUAAGUACCUGGUGUGGUUUGUAAACACAUCAGCACUGGGGAGACAAAGUCAGCCCGGAUGUGGUGUUGGUCACCCACUUUCUUGUACACCGUGCUAACCUUAAAUAGGUGUUCACUUAACAAGACUUAAGCCAACAGUCUCUUGAAGGCUACACUGGGGAUCUUGGUUCGUAUGUGUGGCACAAGCGUGUUUGAGUGUGCCAGGAAUUUCUUUGCGUGGGUCUCUGCUUGUUAAUGGCGAAGGUGGGAAGGGUUACCACCAGCCCAUUGCGCCCAUCCAGAGCCGCCGCUAGCCACACAAGUAACAGACCUCAAGAAAUUAGUUUUCAAUCUCGAUGAUGAUUUAAAAGUGUGUAGCUCCCAGUGGCUUCUUAAUAUCGGAAGGAAGAGCGUUCCAGACGGCCCCAGAAGCGCAUCUGAAGGCGCCGCGCGAUGCCGGUGACCGUCUCUGUUCAAUGGCGAGCAGCCAAAAGCCGCCACCGCUGCUGCUGCUGCGAGGGUGGACAGGAGUUUUCGAACUGGAGCCGUGCAGCAAAAUCUCGCUGCGUACUGGAAAGUUUCCACGUCGCGUCUCGGGGUUCGGUCCUUGACCGACACCUCACUGCUCUUCCUUCCCCCCCCCACCCCCCCACGUCUCGUCCGUGCCAUGAUUGCGCAAUAACCACGUCUAGAUUUGAAGCUUUUGUGACUGCAAUGAUUCAUAU